AUGCUGAAUCACAAUAUGGACUUCUGGAACCUGGCAGUCAGAAUUAUUUUCUUAGCACAAACUACCACUGGAAUUCUGGGAAAUCUCUCUCUUGUGUUCUACUAUCUACUCCUUUACUACAGAGAAUGUACAUUAAAGCCCUCAGAGUUGAUUCUAAUGCAUCUAAUGGCAGCCAAUGUCUUGCUCAUUCUUUCUUCAGGAGUGCCUCAAACAAUGGCAGUUUGGGGACUGAAGCAGUUCUUGAGUGAUUUUGGAUGCAAGAUUCUAUUAUACAUUCAAGGAUUUAGCAGGAGUGUGUCCAUUGGCACCACCUGCCUCUUGAGUGUCUUCCAGGCUAUCACCAUCAGUCUCAAGAAAUCCUGUUGGAAGGAUCAUAAAGUAAAAGCAGAAAAGUACAUUGGCUGUUACAUUUCCUUCAUAUGGGCUAUGCACAUGUCAAUAAAUUUCAUUUUCUUUGUGUACACGUUUAUCAAAGGGAAUAGUAAAAAUAUGACAAGAAAAAGAGAUUUUGGAUACUGUUCCACUAUAGGGAGUAAUGACAUCAGUGAUUCACUCUAUGCAGUGUUGGUGGUGUGGCCUGAAAUAUUUUUUUCUGUGCUCAUUGCCUGGUCCAGCAUGUCUAUGAUUAUCUUUCUGUACAGACACAAGCAGAAGGUUCAACACAUCCGCAGCACUCAUGAUUCCAGCAGAAGCUCCCCUGACUCCAGGGCCACCCAGAUCAUCAUGGCCCUGAUGUCUACCUUUCUGACAUUUUAUACUCUUUCUUCCAUCUUAAGAGGCUGCAUUGCUUUUUUGUACAAUCACAAUUGGUGGCUGGUGAACAUCUCUCCCCUCACCUCUCUGUGUUUUCCUUCUUUUGUACCAUUUGUUCUUAUGAGUCAUUAUUCUGUUAUGCUCAAACACAGUUUGGUUUGGAUAAGAAAUAAAACCUGUCAAUCUUAUUUUACGUGUUUAUAA